AAUGAGUUUGUAAUAGGAGUAUGAUUAUCUUUUCAAGAUACUUUUGAUUGGAAACUCAGCUGUAGGAAAAUCAUCAUUGUUACUCCGAUUCGCUGACAAUGUAUUCAAUGAGAGUUUUUUACCUACAAUUGGUGUAGAUUUCAAGAUCCGUACUUUUGAUUUGAAUGGGAAGACAGUAAAACUAUAGGUAGUUUUGGAAUAAAAUUUAGAUUUGGGACACUGCUGGAUAAGAAAGAUUCAAAACAAUAACAAAUUCUUAUUAUAAAGGAGCUCAUGGAAUAAUAUUAGUUUAUGAUGUGACUGAUAAAUAAUCAUUUAAGGAUGUUGAAAAUUGGUUAGCUGGUAAUUAUAUUAAAUUCAUCAAAUAGAGGUGGAAAAGUAUGCAAAUGAAAAUGUUGUAAGAGUACUUGUUGGUAAUAAAGUUGAUUUAGAAAGUAAAAGAGAAGUUACAUCUGAAGAAGGAAAAGAACUUGCAGAUUCUUUAAAUAUACGUUUUAUAGGUAAUUAUGUAAAUUAAUAAAAGAAACUUCUGCAAAGAAUUCAUCAAAUGUAGAGAAAGCUUUUAUUACACUAGCAAAUGAAAUCAAAGCAAAAGUUGCAAAGAGUAGUGAAGCUGUUCCAAUAAAAACUGGACCUCGCAUCACUCCAGAUCAAUAAUAGAAUACAGUCAAAGAUAAUGGAUGCUGUUGAC